UUUCAUUUUUCCAAUAUGCAAAAGGUGAACUCGUUCUGUUUUCUUCUUUCUCUCUGAAAACCCUAGCGCCGCCGUGGAACCACCUUCUGCCUCUUCCUCCGUCACCUCACCUCCAAUCGAAGAAAGGAGGUCAUUUUUGUGUUCAUCAUCACGUGACCUUUAACCUGAACCAGUUGGAUUUUUGUAUUAGACAAUUUCAGUUUAAAUGCAUUAUGCUACUUCAUGAACGGAGGUGGCGAUGUUUGGAUCAACGAGAAUCGCUUCCGCAUCUUGCGUCAGCUCGGAGAAGGCGGCUUCGCUUACGUCUACCUCGUCAAGGAAACUCCCAACGACUCUCCCGCCGGUGGCCUCGCCAAUAAACUCAAAGACUUCUCUCAUCUUUCCGGAAUUGAUCUUUCUCAGCCAGGAUUUAGGCCUGCAGAAAGGGUUGAGGAGACGGGUCGGCGACUUGAGAAGUACUGCAAGAAGUUCAAAGUUCCAUUUGACUACAAUUCGCAGGAAGAUCCAAAUAGGUUGAUGUUUGAGAAAGGGUUAUAUGGAAGGGAUGCAAUAAAUGUGAUAGCUUGUGAGGGAGCAGAGAGAGUUGAAAGGCCAGAGACUUACAAGAAUUGGCAGGUUAGUUAUGAAAAAGGGAUCUACUUGUAAAUGACAAAUCGAAGAGAAUAUUAGUUUGAGAGGAGAGAUUGAACUAAUAUGCUGUAGUUAGUAUGGAUUGAACAAUGGGUGCUACUAGUGUUCAAGCAAUUCAGUGAGGUGUCAAUGUCUUGGUACAUAUGUAUAUCUUUUGUUUAAAUGUUUCUUUUUUCAUUUACUCCAAAAACGCACCUCUUCUUCCUUUGUUUUAUGGUUUGAGCUUUGUUUCUGCAGGGAACAUUAGGGCUGAGAUAGUUAAAUUUCAUUAAAACUAUAUAUGAAAACUAGAAUGAAAGUGUUGGUUUAAUAGUAUAUCUAACACCUAUACUAAUUCUGAAGUUUCAUUAAAUCCACAUUUCAUUCUCUUAAUAAAAACUUGUGUAGAGUUUAUAAUAAAAGUCAUAAUCCAGGACACUUUGCUAAAGCACAAUGGCCGCUCUAUGCUGCCAUUGAAUACUCUUUUUAGAAUUUCUAGUAGUUUGAACAGCUAAAGUCAAUAGGAGAUUUUCUACUUCUAUAAGCACUUGCCUAUGAUUCAAAUAAUAUAAAUACCUUAGUAUGAAUCUGUCAUACCCCAAUUUUUGACCUAAGAUACCACCUCAUAUCAUUGCAUAUGCAUCAUUUGCAUCUCUAACAAAUUGCAUAGUUUGUGUUUGCUACUUGUGACUCAGCAGGAUUUAAUCAGGAAAUCACUCAUCAGUACAAGUAACAAUCAAUUAGGGUUUUGUUCUCCCUUCAUAUCAAAUGAAUCAUCUUCAUCAACAAUCAACAUUUGGUCCUCAGAGAUUCAUUUCAGCAAGCUCAAAGGCUCUGAAUCGACUGAAUUAGGGUUUUGACUGAAGAUAGCAUACUCUUGACUUUUGCUCAGGAUUUGACCCAAUGACUUGGGACAAGACCUCAAGACCCCAAGUACCUCAUUUUGACCUAAUCCAUUAGCUCAAGACAUCUCCUACACAAAGAUUGAUCAGACAAAUCCUCAGAUCAGGGUUUUGAACUAUCAGGGACUGAAAUCAGGGAUCACAUUUGGGAAACCCUAAAAAUCCCCAGGAAGUCAAUCAAAGGUUUCAAUCAUCCUUAAAUAAUCCCUAUGACAACAUCCAAUGGAAAUUACAUCUCAAUUCAAGAUCCAUAGUCAUCAAUUUCAUCAGGUCGACAAUUAGGGUUUUUGACCUAAUUCACUGAACAACUGACUUUUUAAUCAGGACAUGGUGCCACAACUCAAACUAUGAUUCAAUAUCCUCCAAUACCUCAAUAUGAUCCAUUCAUACCAUUCAUUUGAUGAGGAUAGCCUGUUUCAUUUGAAAUCUCCAGAAACGCGAUUCGUCUGAAAAAGUCAACUAUACAAGAUAACCAUUGACUUUUGGGGAAUUUUGGUCAACCAUGACUUUUGAAGUUUUGAAUCAUCAAUAUAUGAUAUAUGAAGUCAUUUGAUCAAGAAAAAUCAAGAAAAUCAAUCAAGAAUCAAAAAGUCAAAAGUUUGACUUUUCAUACUUAGAAAAAUUUCUAAGUGUUUUUCAUGGUUUUUUCCAAACUUUGGAAGGGAAUUUCUCAAAAUUUCACCUACAAACUGAAAAAAACUUCCACCAUGAAAGUUGUAGAUUUUGAUCCAAUGAACAACUUUGUCACAUAUAAUUUUUUUCCAAAAGAUCAACCAUUUAAGAGAUAUGGAGCUUCAAAGUUAGUAUCUUUUGAAAAUUUCACUUAAAACCUCAUUUUCUUCAAAGUUCAUGGAUCUUUUUCACCCACUUCCUUAAAGAUCUUGAAGAAACUUUCAACUAGGGUUUUGAAGUGUGUAAUAUGAGCUUUCCAAAAUGUCCAAGAGCAUGAAAAAAUUUGAAGUGUAGCUAUGGUUUUGAAUUUUGACAUUAGUGAACUUUUCACUUGAAAUUUCAUGCCAUUUUCACUAAGUUAUGAGCCAAUUUGCCAAAUGAUCCAAAUAAUGAUGCAUAGAGGCAAUAAUUGAAGAUAUUUUUCUGAUUUGAGAUCAGAAUGGAAGAGGAUAAGAAGCUUGAGUUUUAACCAUGGUUUGGUCACUUUAACCAUUUUGCAUUAAAUGUAAAAGAUUCCUUUUUAUCUCUUAAGCCAAAUCACCAAUUCUUGAUCAACUUGCAAAGGUCUGAGUUCAGAACUCUUGGCCUAUAAAUAGAGAUGCAAAUCACUCUUCAAAACACGCCAAAACCUCACAAUUAUAGGUUUUCUCUCUUCUUUCUUAGAAUGCAAGUUUCUUAAGUUUCAAAGAGGUAGAAAUGUCAACCUCCAAAUCCUUGAAGCUAUGGCCAAAAUGAUGAUUCUAGCAAACCAUAAACACCAUAUGGGAUGUGUUUGAAUCACUCAUACACCCAAAAACACCUCAAAACUCAAAAUCACUACCUCACUUCCAUAUUUGCAUAUAUUGAACCUUAUCAUGCCAAAAUCCAUACCAAGCCAUAUCUGUCCAAACUAACACUUCCAACACCUCAUAUAUGUCACAUAUGAACUAUCCCAACACUCAUCAUCAAUCAAAAACUUCAGAAUCACCAAGCUCGAUUCAUACUUGAAGCAACUGCAGAUCGGGUUCCACCAACUGAUCCAGAUGUUUUCAAUCCACUCCAAGCAUCCAGACACCUUCCAUAUGGUCCAUUGAAGCUAUCCAGAUCAUCAAACAACUUCUGUAACACCUCUAUUGCAGAAUUCGAAUCCCAGCUUGGCCGUUUUUGAAGGUAAGUGCUAUGAACUUCAAACUCAUACAUACAUGCAUCAUAAAUGAAAAAUUGAGUUGCUAUCUUGUUUCUGCACUAUCACUGAUCAAUAGCCCUCAAUCAAUUUCACAAUUCAUCAAUUAUACACAAUUUCAGAUUGAAUCAUAGGAUUAGGGUUCUUCGUGUUCAUCAGAAAACCAAUGAUCUUAGAGUGAAAAUAAAUGCAAUUAAAUGAUACCAUUGUGUUCCUCGUCCAAAACCGAGCAAGAUAGACUAUCUACUUGAUCAAAACAAUCCAGUUUCAAAGAUUUUCAAAAAUCAGUUGAAGGUGUGUUCUUGGCGCGUUUUUUUGGUUUGAAAAAUUCAAAUGUUUGUUUUCAAAUAUAAUUAAAUGGAAGCGUGUGAAUAACAAGCUGCGCGCGCAGCUCAGUUGGCAAGUGUUUUGAGUUGUGAGAGAGAGGGCGUGGGUUCAAACCCUGGCAGGACCAAAACAUUUUUUUUGACACUAUUUUCUUUCAUUUUCUUUAACAACUUCACCCAUUAAUUUAACCAAUCAAAAUUCAUUAUUUUCACUUCAUUUUUUGCAUACUCUUUGUUUAAUAUACAUAUUUUAUGCAUACCAAAAAAAAUCAUCAAAAAAGAUUUAUUUAAUACAUUUUUAAAUAGGUUUAAAAUGACAUGUUUUAAGUGUUUUUUUAAUACUUUAAAAUAUUGUUUUUCAUUUGAUUUUUAACCUAAUCACUUGUAAAUAUUUUUUGUGAUCAAACCCUAAUCAUUUAGGUCUUAAUUGAGUAUUAAGACUUGUUUUAACUUAAUUAAGUUGUUUUUUUUCAAAAAUUCAAAUCGUUUUAAGACGAGCGGUCGCGAUUCUCUUUCAAAACGAUAAACCAUUUCUUUUUAACUGUUGAUUAAAUCUUUUUGACUAAUCAAUCAAUUUUCAAAACAGUGGGGCCUCUCGAAUAUUAAAGAGUAUAAGACCCACUCUUUUUUCUUUUAUACAGUUUUUCUUUGUACAGAAAACUCUUUCAAAACAAAAAACUUUCAAACGGUUUUUCAAACAACGCGUCUGUAAAUAAAACAAUCAACCAUGUUUUAUAAAAAUACCAUGGGCCUCCAUGUAGGUAUAAGUCCCAAGCCCUUUUGUACAUACCCAUUCCUGUACAUGAAAUUAGGUAUUUCAUUGUACACGCACAUUUUUGUACAUAUCUCAAUCUGUUUUUCUAAACUUUGAGUAACAAACCAAAAAUGAAGGUUUUUCUUUAAAUCUUCCCAAAAAAUAUACCAUGGGCCUCCAUGUAGGUAUAAGUCCCAAGCCCCUUUGUAAAUACCUGUUUACAUAGCUUUGAAUAAAUUCAAGUGGACCUCUCCUCGAGUAUAAGUCCCGAGCCCCCGUGUAUACAAAUGGAUCAUGCUUACAGGUAUAUUUCCUUCAUAAACUCCAUUAUAUACACACACUUUGUCAUAUAUAUAUAAUUGUUCAUACCUGUGCAUGUUUGUUCAUACUUGUUCAUGUUUGUUCAUAUGUGUGAUAUGUGUGCUUGUUCAACUUAGUACAACACUAGGUUCCCCAUAGCCUCCUAUUGGGCUUCGUGCAAAGAAUCUCCCUAGUUUAGGUUAGGACAUAGAGUAUGGUUUCCCGGUGAAAUCGCUCUAAGAGCUCAAACCAACUAUACCAUGCCUCCCCUUGGGCUUUGUACAAACGAGUGACCCUCCCAUAGCCUCCUCUUGGGCUUACAAUGCAAGGACCCUGGAUUGUCCCUCCCAUAGCCUCCUCUUGAGCUUACAAUGCAAGGACCCUCGGAUAGCCUCCUCUUAGGCUUCGUACAAGGACCCACGGGCUUCUUAUAAGCAUCCCCCAAUAUCCAAAUCAAAUACCCUAGGAGAUUAGACAUUUAUCAUCUCUAUGAUAGGAGUAUCUCUUCUAUAUCAUCACAAACAAUCAAUCAAUCAAACUUUUUGCCACAAGGCUGGCUAAUCAAUCAAACUUCUUUUGCCACAAGGCUGGCUAAUCAAUCAAACCGUUUUGCCACCGUACUGGCUGAUUAAUCAAAGUUUUUGUCACAAGGCUGACUUCAUUGAAACUUUUGCCACAAGGCUGGCUGAUUAAUCAAAACUUUUUGUCACAAGGCUGACUUCAUUGAAAGUUUUUGCCACAAGGCUGGUUAAACAAACAAAAACAUCUUUAUCAUUCUAAGCGCCAUAAGUGGCAUGACCCAGGGCUUAUAAUGAAAAGAUUUUCAAACAAAAAACAAACAGAUGUAUGUGAUGAUAUAGAUUAGAUACAUCGAACAUUUAGAUGACAUUUGUCUCUUUUCCUUUGCUUCCACUAGCAUAAGUGGGAACUACGAUUGCUCUGACUUUCUCAACAUCCCUUUGAGAAUACGUAGGCACAAGGUCGAUCCUUGGCGAGCAAAACAAAACAAAAAAAACCAUUCAAACCUUAGCACCCGUAGACCCCGAGCUACAGAUGCUCUGAUUCCCUCUAAGGGAUAUGUAUGCAGAGGAUCGCGAUGAUCUUUGCGAGCAUAAUCAAACAAACACCUUAGGUCCCACCUAUUUCACAACAGAACCUCCACCGUAACAUAGAAUGAAAAACAAUAAAGAAUCCUAUAGAGUACUAUAGAUACGUUGGGUGCUAAUACCUUCCCUUCGUAUAACCAACCCUCUUACCCAAGAUCUCUCCCCCCACUUUUAGGUUAUUGCAGCUUUUUUCCUUUUCCUACUUUGGAAAUAAUAAAAAGUUUGGUCGGAACAAAAGAAAAAUCAUUUUUUUAUGAGCACUCGAGCCCAAAGAAGGCAUCAGGUGUCUCAUCCCACAAAAAAGAGGAACAAAACGAUUUUUCGCCCGCGACAGAAAAAUGGCGACUUCACUGGGGACCAUCUUUUUAUUGUUUCCAAAGGAAGGGUUAUUUCUAAUUAUUGUUUUUAUUUUAAUUUUUGUUACAUGUGUGAUUCUUUGGUUCUGUUACUUGUGUGGUUCUGUUACAAGUGAUACAUUAUGGACAAAUCCUAACCCGGAUUAAGUACACAUAAGAAAUUAGGUGGAGGGUAUAGUCAUGUACAGGCGUACGUGAGAAUCCUUCCGCUCAGUGGAGGUUCCUUGUUGGUAAUAUAUGUUUAGCAUGUUUCGUAGCGAAAACAUUAUUGCUGCAUUGAACUGUAGAAGCUGAGUUGGCCGUAGAACCCCAACCCAUCCUGGCCUUAUUAGGACGUGGUGCAGAAACGAUCCAGGUGAAGACUUGGAUAGUUGUCAUGCGGAGAACCACACUCAGACGAGUUUUUCUUGAGAAUAUUACUGGCUCAUGAGAUGAAUUGUGGAAGGCCGGUAAUAUUCGAAAGAAAAAUGUAGACUCUGACGUAUCAGUAGAACAUGUUGUGCAGGUGAUUAACUAGAACUAUCCCAUUUUUGGUUCUCUGACCUCAUGCUCGUGACGCUGGACCUUUGAACCUAUGUGUUACCAUGUUUGUGUUACCAUGUUUGUGUACCAUGUUUGUGUUACCAUGUUCGUAUUACCAUGUCUGUUUUACCAUGUUUGAAUAUGUGGCAUUCAUGCAUCCACGCAUGCAUACAUUCAUUAGAAAACCCAUCUUUUUCCAUAAAAACAUGAUUUUUCCAAAGAUUUAGAGAAAUUUUCUUUGCAAACAUUAGGAUUAAGUUAUGGCAGAGGUAAAGAGGCAUACCAAGAAAUAUGGUUUCAAAGCGCCUGAUGUGGGAAAACUGAUAGAGUUAUCAUCUUUUGUACAAGAUCCUCCGGAUUUUAGGAAAAGUUAUGGAAAGCUUUUGCCUAUCCUGAAUACUCAUGUUGAUGAAGGACUUCUCAAAACUCUGGUUCAGUUCUAUGAUCCCGUCUACCGUUGUUUUACCUUUCCAGACUACCAGUUGGUACCGACCUUGGAAGAAUAUGCCAAUCUUUUGGGUAUUCCUGUGUCUGACAAAAUACCCUUCAAUGGUUUGGAAGCCAUUCCUAAGUCACACGUCAUUGCGGCAAGUAUCCACUUGAAGAAAUCUGAAGUAGAAAAUAAUUGGACUACCAAAGGAAACCUCCCAGGUUUAACUUCACACUUCCUGGUAAAGAAAGCCUUUGAUUUCAUCGAAACUGGUAGCAUGAUAGCUUUUGAAGCUGUACUAGCCUUGCUCAUCUAUGGGUUAGUUCUGUUUCCCAACGUCAACGACUUUGUUGAUAUCAAUGCCAUAAAGGUCUUUCUGAUUGGAAAUCCUGUUCCGACUUUGCUUGGUGACAUGUAUUUCUCUGUUCAUCAUAGGAAUCGCCAAGGCGGUGGAAUCAUUGUUUGUUGUGCACCUCUGUUGUUCCAAUGGAUUGUUUCACACUUACCUGAGUCUCCUAUUUUCACAGAAAACCAAGAAGGCUUGCGUUGGCCUCGAAGACUUAUGUCUCUUACUAAUAAUGAUAUCCGUUGGUAUACCUUGGCUCACUGUGGUACAGAAACAAUCCGAUUUUAGCCCGACGACAACUCGGGUAUGCAAAUUCAACUAAACCCAUUGGUCCCUCAGUGGAAGGCUACUUUUACAAAGAAGGGGAUGAUCCUCAAAGGUUGAAAACAAGAAUGGUAAGAGCUUGGUACGACGUCCGAUGGAAAGAAAAAGGUGAGGCGAGAAAUUGCAUUGCCGUGGACACCUAUACCUGCUGGGUAAAGAAAAGAGCAAAGGAGUUUCAAAUGCCUUAUGGUUAUGAAAAACCCAUGUUCCCUGCAGUAUCUCAAUUGCCCAACAUUCCCACUAUGGAGGAAUACCAAGACACUUUAGCCAAGAUGAGGAUAGAGAAAGAUGCUUGGGAAGAAAAGUUUCGUAAGACCGAUGUGGAAAACAGAAGGUUGAAGAAACGAGUGAAAGAUCACGAAGAAACUCUUUACCGUCAAGAUGGAUGGCUCAUGAGCAAAGAUGAGAAGAUUCGUCAGAAAGACGCUGCAAUCAAAAGGUACAUCAAAGAAAGCAAGAGAAAUCUUGAAGGCUCAACAAGCAACGCUCCGACUCCUGAUGAUUGGAAGAAUGUUGUUGACAAACUGAGGACCGAAAAGGCCGAAUUGAAAGCUUACUAUGGGAAAGAAAUCAUGAAGCUCAAGCUACACAAUGCAUUUGGUUCUUCAUCUGAUGAAGAUGCUUAGGAUUUGUUUAGAUUUUCAUUUUAUCAUUUGCUUCUGUAAGGAGCUACGCUCCAAUGUUGUAACAUUUCCCAUUAUUGCAAUAAAAAAAAAUGAAUGAAUGAAUGAAUAAAAGAUUUGUUUGUGUUCAAAUGCUUGCAAGGAAAUAAUCUUAAAAAUGUUUGGAAAAAUCAUAAAAUUCUUUUUGCAUACAUCAUUCUGCAUAUCGAGUCUGUUGUAUAGAGUCUCAUCUUUUGGAUCUUUCUCCAUUAGAUCGUCAAGCUGUCGCGUCUCAAAGUUUCUCUACCACGCUCGCAAUCAGAUCACAGAUACAAUACUCGUUCAAGCAGAAGAAGAGUAAUGGAACACUCUGAACAAGAGAAUAUUGAGCUUCGUGGUACAGUGACCACCCUUCAGGAAAAGUUGGAAAGUCUCACUACUCUGGUUGACUCCUUAAUGGCCGCACAGAAUCAGCCGCCGCCACCAAAUAGUCAAGCAACAGUGACAUCUGAGGUCACUACUCCAGUUUCUACAGUUGCAUUCAGCAUUCCAUCUUUCUCCAUGCCAGAAGGUUGGGGCACGCCUUUUAGCUUCGGUACAGGUUUCCGCCAUAAUGUCUCUGGGGUUCAAACAGCCACAACUGAAGCGCCUGCUGCACAGGGUUCGGCGUUUAUUCCACAUUCAGGGGUAACUUUUUCCCAAAUCACUAUGGCACUUUCUCAACCCACUAUGACGGUUCCGACUCCUAUGGUUCACACUGUUCCUUACGGAGACAAUGAGAUUUAUCAUGAUCAAGGUGAUAUCACAAAUCAGCGUAAUCUUGUGGAAGAUCUCCAAGAGCAGUUUAACAAGAUGCAGCUGGAAGUUAAAGCUAUCCGUGGAAAAGAUUUGUUUGGAAAGAAUGCCCAGGAGCUAUGUUUGGUUCCCAGUGUACAAAUACCGGCUAAGUUCAAGGUCCCUGACUUUGAGAAGUACAAAGGUAGUUCUUGUCCACAAAGUCAUCUCGUGAUGUAUGCCAGAAAGAUGUCUACUUAUGCAGAUAAUCAUCAGUUGCUUAUCCAUUACUUUCAAGACAGUUUGACUAGUGCCGCACUGAAGUGGUACACAAGCUUGGAUAGCACUAAUAUUCGAACAUUCAAUGACCUAGGUGAGGCCUUUGUCCGACAAUACAAGUAUAACUCGGAUAUGGCUCCAGACAGAGAUCAGCUUCGGUCCAUGGCUCAGAAAGAUCAUGAAGCUUUCAAAGAGUAUGCCCAACGAUGGAGAGAAACUGCUGCUCAGAUUAAUCCACCGUUAAAAGAAAAAGAGAUGACAAAGAUCUUCUUGAAUACUCUCAGUCCGUUUUAUUAUGAACGCAUGAUUGCUAGUGCUCCAAGUGAUUUCACCGAAAUGGUAAACAUGGGGAUGCGUCUAGAAGAAGGAGUCCGAACCGGACGUCUAACUAAAGAAGGUGGAUCUUCAAGCGGAACCAAAAAGUUCGGAAGUGGCUUCCAAAAGAAGAAAGAACAAAGUGUUGACAUGGUGUCCCAAGGGAAGCCAAGAGGAAACGUCAAUCGUCAACGACAGGUUGCUGCUAUCACACCAGUCGUUAAUACAACACCGAAUCCGGGAUUCACUCCUCAAUUUCAGCAACAACAGCCUCGACAACAGGCUCAGCAGUUCAACAAUAAUCAGAAUCGUGUACAAAGAGCUCCACAGUUUGAUCUGAUUCCAAUGACCUACACAGAAUUGUACCCUGCUUUGAUUGAAAAAGGUCUCGUUCAAACUAGAGCACCACCACCAGUACCUGAGAAACUCCCAUGGUGGUACAAAGCUGAGGUCUCAUGCCCUUAUCAUCAAGGAGCACCUGGCCAUGAUCUUGAGCAUUGCAUAGCUUUGAAAUACGAAGUUCAGAGGUUGGUUAAAUCUAAUCUCCUCUCAUUCAGAAAUUUGAAUCCUAAUGUGCAAGCAAAUCCGCUGCCCAAUCAUGGAGGGCAUGUUGUGAACAUGGUGUAUGAAUGUCCUGGUCCAUACCGAGUCUAUAAUAUCAAUUUCUCAAGAGCAGAUUUGGUACAAAUGCACGCUACUCUCUGUCGAGGGCCGAGUUUUCGCCAGCAUCAAUAUGGUUCCUGUAGCAUAUGUUGUGUAGAUCCUCAUGGAUGUUCGAUUGUGAGAAGAGAUCUCCAAGUGCUGUUGGAUAAUGGUACUAUUCAGAUCUACAGAAAUAGGGAUGAAAAUGAAGUUAACAUGAUAGGAUGUUAUCCGCAUGAGCUUUUAGUCUCAGAUAUCAACUCGGAAAUGCCUACAGUUAACGUCAUCGUUCCUCAUUUCAACAUGCCUGAGCGCGUGGAAGUUACUUACAACAAGCCGAAGGUUCCUGUUGCUCCUUUGAUCAUUUGUCUACCUGGAUCUGUUCCUUAUGACUCUGACAAGGCAGUUCCAUACAAUUACAGUGCAACAAUGAUAAAGAAUGGACAAGAAGUUCCUUUACCUACUCUCUCAUCCGUUGUAAACAUUGCUGAUGUAAGUCGUGUAACAAGAAGUGGACGUGUGUAUACUCCACUACCUCCAAAGCAGCCUGUUACUCCUGCAACUGGGCAAAAUCCUGUUGGUACACCAGUGGGGAAUCCUGUGGAAACUCCUGUCAGUAAUACGAACACUGAUGUUGGUCAAUCCAGUGGAACCAAUGUCAAUCCUGACUUUGAUGAAAUUUUGAAGCUCAUCAAAAGAAGUGAAUACAAGAUUAUGGAUCAGCUUAUGCAGACUCCUUCAAAGAUCUCAAUACUUUCAUUGCUGUUGAAUUCUGAAGCACACAGGGAAGCCCUGAUGAAGGUCUUGGAUCAAGCUUUUGUAGAUCAUGAUGUGACUGUUGAUCACUUUGAUGGGAUAAUAGCCAACAUAACAGCUUGUAACAAUUUAAGCUUCUGUGAUGAAGAACUCCCCGAGGAGGGUAAAAAUCACAAUCUUGCUUUGCACAUUUCUAUGAACUGUCAGUCAGACUCUUUGUCCAAUGUGUUGGUAGACACCGGAUCUUCCUUGAAUGUGAUGCCAAAGACGACUCUUGCUCGCUUGUCUUACCAAGGAAUGCCUAUGAAAUUCAAUGGUGUAGUUGUCAAAGCAUUUGAUGGAUCGCGAAAAUCUGUUAUCGGCGAAGUCAACCUUCCCAUGACAAUUGGUCCACAUACAUUUCAAAUCACUUUCCAAGUCAUGGACAUUCAAGCUGCUUAUAGCUGUCUGUUAGGACGACCAUGGAUCCAUGAAGCAGGGGCAGUAACUUCUACGCUCCAUCAAAAGUUAAAAUUUGUAACAAAUGGAAAAUUGGUAACGAUAAGUGGAGAACAAGCCUUAAUGGUGAGCCAUUUAUCCAAUUUCUCUUUCAUAAGUGCUGACAGUGUGGAAGGAACGCAGUUCCAAGGUCUCUCUUUAGAAGACGAAUCUUCCAAGAAGAAAGCAUCGAUCUCUUCUUACAAAGAGGCGGUAAAAGUAGUGAAAGAUGGAACUACCACUGGCUGGGGGCAAGUUGUGAUCCCUACCAAGAAUGAAACUAGAGCAGGUCUCGGAUGUUCACCAACAUUCUCAAACUGCACCAAGAAGGAUGAAACCCUUCGUCCGAUCAAAGAAACAUUCAUUAGUGGAGGAUUCCUUAACCCAAUUCCUCAAGAGGUUAAUGUCCUUAUCGAAGAAUGCAUCGAAGAAGGUCUCUCCGAUGAUGAAGAAGAAUGGAAAUGUUAUCUCAAUGACUCGGGAUAUAUAUCUCAGGAAGAACCAUAUCCUCCUUCGGAGAAAUCCAAUGGCAAAGAAACUGAGCCUGUUCCUGCAGAAAUCUGGGACACCUUGGGACAACCAAGUGGAAAAUUUGAUUAUAUGGUGAAAUAUACUGCGCCUGAAAGUUCAAAGAUUGCGAUUGAGGAUAUCCAACCAACUGGAUGGGGAGAUUCCUUUGAAUGCAAUAGUCAACCAGGAGAGGCUUAUCAGCCUUGUCAAUUCUCUCAGCAACAUGAAAUUACUGGAGAUUUCGGAUUCAAUGCAUCUACCAAGGUUAACAAUCCUGAAGAUGGUUACCAUCACAUAAAUGCCAUUUUUGAAGAUGAAGGGGAAGAUGGCCCCGCAGUUGACUCAGAAAGUGUCGCUGACAAUGAGUCUCUUCAUCCUGAAGACUGGGAAAUACAUCCUGAAAAUUCUGAGGAUUGUGACUCAUCUUAUGCUCUUCAAGAUGUAGAAGAAGACCGUUUCAACUCUACAAAGAACAAGGGUGACAAACCAGGACCUUCAAAUCCUGCCCGACCAGCGGUCAAUGUCAAUACUGAAGAUAAUUCUGAGGAGAAUUUUCCUGAAUACAUAAUACAUAGAGGAGUUCGUUGCUACUGGAAAGCUGUCGACGUUCCGAAUGUUGUUCGCCGCUCAAAGUAAUCACCUCGCUGUUAUUUUGACCUCCUGC